AUUAUCAAUUUAAAAAUGCCGAUUUCUGCAUUAGAUGUAAGAACAGCAAAGCUAAUUACUACCACACAGAUAAUAACUUCUGUGUACGCUGUGGUUAAAGAAUUGAUGGAAAAUGCGCUCGAUGCCGAUGCUGACAAUGUUGAGAUUAACCUUGUAUGUAUAAUAGUUAAAUCUCGCAUAUUUAUGCAUAUGUAUGCAUAAGAUAUAUUUUUAUAAAAAGAAGGUCAUUAUUCGCACGGUUUUUCUUUGCUCUCUUAGGUAGAUAAUGGUACAUCUUUAAUAGAAGUGAAGGAUAAUGGUCAUGGCAUAUCUAAAGUAGAUGCGCCAUAUAUAGGAUUAUCUUCUUACACAUCUAAAAUAUCAAAUUUUGAAGAUCUAGAUACAUUACAAACAUUUGGAUUUAGAGGAGAAGCACUGAAUGCAUUAUGCGCAGUAGCAGAAGUUAUCGUUGUAACGAAAACAGAAGAAGAUGUUGUUGGGACCUCAUAUAUAAUGAAUCAUACUGGACAAAUUGUAAAACACGAAUCUUGUCACAGAAGUACCGGAACUACUGUACAAGUGAAAAAUUUAUUUAAAGAGAUGCCUGUAAGGAGACAAAUAAUCACCAAUACAAAGAAAGCUAAUCAAGUUAUUAAAUUAUUGGAAAUACUAAUACAUUGCUUUGGGAUAUGUAAACCAAAUGUACGAAUUCAAUUUAGGGUUAACAACAAUCUUGUAUUUACAAAACCAAGUCUUAAUAAUAUUAAAGAAGCUGCAAAUCUUAUACUCGGUAGAAAAAUUAUGUCCAAUAUGGAAUGGGUUGAGCCCAAGGAUACAGAAUUUGUUCUGCAAUUAAUGUUACCUUCAAAAAAGGUACAAGAUAUAUCGGAAGUUUCCCAUCCUGAUUUACACUAUAUUUUUGUAAAUAAUAGACCUAUUAAGUAUAAAAGUCUUGAAAAGCUAGUAAACAAUACAAUAUUAGAAUAUUUUAAACAAGAAUCACAUAGAAAAAAAAUGAUAUUUCUUGUGUACAUUAUUUUGGAACCAAUGGAUAUUGAUGUUAAUCUGGAACCAAAUAAAGAUACAAUUCUUUUUAAAGAUCAGAAUAAAGUCUUUGAUACUGUAGAUAAGUAUAUAAAAAAAUAUUAUGGACUUAAAUCUGUGGAGCUUGUUGAACAAAACGUAUCUAAUGACACAUCCACCUGUUAUGAAGAUUAUACACUUAAUUCAAAUGAAGAUAUCGAUACUGAAUGGCCUAUGUGUAAAAAACGAAAAAUAGAUACUCAAGAGAAAGUUAUUCAAGAAGAUAUUGUCAAAGGAAAGUCAAUGCCACACAAUAACGGAUAUGAAAAAUCUUUACAUAAGCAACAAAAUAUCGAUCCAAUUCAAGAUCAACAACAAUACAGAGAUGCAUUAGCUCAUAUACAAUCGCCGAAUUUAAGCGACUCUGAUUCAAAUGAUGCCUUUCCUGCUGUAACUUUGCCUGAUAAAAUGGCAGAAGAAUGUGAAACUUUGAGUCAGUUACCUGUCAUAGAUCUUGGUGAAGAUUUUGACUUUUUAAAAGAGACUGGAAGUUGUAAUACAUUUACAAAUGAAAAUCAAAAUAAGUUAAAGGAGAAUGAAGAGAACAAACAAGUUUCAUUAGAGGCAUGGAGUAAAGGUCAUAUCGUUGGUCUCAAGGGAGGUACAGAUAUACAAUCUGAUAUUGCUAUUGGGAGACAAUCCAACGAUAAUUUAGACAGCCAGAUUAAUAAGAUAAAAAAAUGUAAAUUAGGUAAAAUGGAAUCGGAUAAAAUGGAAUUAGAUAAAACAUAUGUUGAUAAUAAAGAUCUUAAAUUUAUAAAAUACGUUAGAUCGCAAAUUGCAAAAGAAAAUCCUACAUUAACUACAGCUCAAACUGCAAAAAAAAUUACCGAAUUCUGGAAACAACUAUCAUCCCAUGAGCGUGGUUAUUACCGAGAUGUUGCACAUAAAGAAGAAAAAGAACAGCAGGCUAAAAAAGCUGAAGAAAGAGGUGAAGUGAAUAAAAUUGGCACAGAGGGAAAUAAAAGUAGGCUCUUACAGCUGUUUGAAAAAAUGAAGAAUACAAGAAACGAAAAGAAAGAGAAAUUAAAUAUGAGGACGAUAGUACCUUGGGCUAUUGAUAGAGAUAAGAUAAUUACAAGAUCAAGUUUUGAAAGUGAAUAUAUAAUAGGUUGCUUGGCGCCUAACUUAUGGAUUGCUACAAUUUGUGAACAGAUAUGGAUCAUAGAUAUUAUUGGCUUGAUCAAAGGUUUGAAAGUUGCUGAUAUUGAUGCAGAUAAGGGUUUUGUCAAAGUAGUCAAGAAUAAGCAGUACUUCAAGCGUUAUCAAGUUAAGUUCAAGAGGCGUCGUGAGGGAAAAACUGAUUACUAUGCUCGCAAGAGAUUAACUAUUCAAGACAAAAACAAGUACAAUACACCCAAGUAUAGGUUAAUUGUACGUCUCUCUAAUAAGGAUAUUACAUGCCAGGUUGCUUAUUCUAGAAUUGAGGGUGAUAGGAUUGUGUGUGCUGCUUACAGCCAUGAACUUCCCAAAUACGGCAUUAAAGUUGGUCUCACCAACUAUGCAUCUGCUUAUUGCACUGGUUUGCUCUUGGCCAGAAGACUCCUUAAGAAGUUGGGAUUGGAUACUUUGUAUGCGGGUAACACAGAAGUAACAGGUGAUGAAUAUACUGUUGAGGAAUUGGAUGAUGGCCCAGGUGCCUUCAAAUGUUAUCUAGACACAGGACUAAUGCGCACCACAACGGGCGCUCGAGUUUUUGGUGCUAUGAAAGGCGCGGUUGAUGGCGGUCUCGAUAUUCCUCAUAACUGCAAAAGAUUUCCUGGAUACGAUCCUGAAUCUAAGGCAUUCAAUGCAGAAGUGCAUAGACAGCAUAUAUUUGGUCAACAUGUUGCGAACUAUAUGAAAACUUUGGAAGAAGAGGAUGACGAAGCUUUCAAGAGACAAUUUUCACAAUAUAUUAAGCACGGCAUCUCUGCGAAUGAUAUCGAGAAUAUAUACAAGAAAGCCCAUGAAGCAAUUCGUGCCGACCCAGAACACAAGAAGAUCACGAGGGAAAAGGAACCAGUCAAGAAGAGAUGGAAUCGCGCGAAAUUAUCUUUGUCCGAGAGAAAGAAUCGUGUAGCUCAGAAGAAGGCCUCGUUCCUCAAAACUUUGGAGGAAGCAGAGGUGUAACUAUUCUUCUAUCAGAAUCAUGUUUAUGAUGUAUGCACAGAUUUGUGUGUAUAAAUGAAGAAUAAAGAAAACCCAAUACAUA